CAUAACACUUCCUCUGACAAAAGCACUGACGCUUCCCGCACCGUCUCAAGAGUCGAGAACACUCUCCCUCCAUAGUCUUCGAAACCAACAAGGCGCACGCCGGAAUCUUCUCAUGGCCGACGAGAAAGAAGCCGACUCGCUGCAGCCGCCGUCCAAGCAGCCCCGCCUCUCCUCCGCCGACUCGAACGCCGGUGCGGUGACGAUGGCGGUCUCGUCGCCGCUGGGUCUUGGCCUCGGCCUGGGACUCGGCGGCGAUAGCCGCGGCGAGCAGCAGGCCUUCCAAGCACGGGCAGCCGCGGCGGCGGCGAAAUCGGCGCUGACGUUCAUGCAGCAGCAGGAGCUGGAGCACCAGGUGCUCAUCUACCGCUACUUCGCGGCGGGGGCGCCCGUGCCGGUGCACCUCGUGCUGCCCAUCUGGAAGAGCAUCGCCGCCUCCUCCUUCGGCCCGCACCGCUUCCCCUCCCUGAUUGGGCUUGGGAGCCUGUGCUUCGACUACCGGAGCAGCAUGGAGCCGGAGCCCGGGAGGUGCCGCCGCACGGACGGCAAGAAGUGGCGGUGCUCCCGCGACGUGCUGCAGGGGCACAAGUACUGCGAGCGGCACGUCCACCGGGGCCGCGGCCGUUCAAGAAAGCCUGUGGAAGGAGCCCCCGCAGCCCCGGCGCACAGCGGCAGCAGCACCACCGCCCCGCCCCGCGCCAUCGGCUUCUCCCCCGCCGGCAUCCUCCACGCCACCCACAGCGCCGCCGCGCGCGCCACCUGAGGCCGACGGCCUCGUCCCAUCCCCACCGCGUCCGUCCGUCCGUCAUGGCGCGUCGGCGUGGGGCAAAUUCGUGCAGAAACGAAAUCCGCUGGGAUUUUGUCGCGUCGUGUAACUUUUUCUUGGGCAGCUUUUCAAACUAUAAACCUGCUGAGUUCGAUGGCAUGCGUCCCUGUGCGUGCGCCUGUGACACAUGUGUGGCAGGCAGGCGAUUGUUUU